AUUGGUCGGAUGCUCUUUGCUAUUUUGAAAGAGGAAAUUAAUUUUAAAUGGUCCCAUUUUUAAACGUUAAAGCAAAACUAGUAGAGUGGUGAAAAGCAGCACAAGUUUAUCGAGACGCCGGGUUAAAAAAAAAAAAAAAACUGGAACUUUAUUCCCCUCCUUUAACUUCGGCUUUAAGUGAAACUAACCAAUCCAUGCACAAGGUUCGCUUGAUUGACAGGCGUUGUGUGCCUAGUUGCAAAUGAGUAACCGAGCCGCACACAAACAGAUUCGAGGCAAACUCUCCAGCGUGCAAGUGUGCUGUGCUGCAUUUGUCAGGCUAGGAACAGCUUUACAGCAACUGGUGUCUUUUUUUCUAAACUCUACCCUCUCUCUUUCGCUCUCUGUAUGCAAGUAGCACGAGCGCUGUUCUGGCUCUUGCACAUUUCUCCCCAAAUCAGUGUUUUCCUUUGUUAAAAUCUUGCAAGUCUGCACAGACUCGCGCUUUACUAUCUAAACACGGAGUUGACGCUUCCUGUUUAAUAGAUGUUCAAAAGCACAUUGUCUGACCCGCUAAAAAAAGAAAUACAUAUCGCUGUUAUCAGCGGCAUAAGAGAGCUCCGCUGUGUUUCCAGUCUAAUGUAGUCGGGUUUGUUAUGUAGGUCAGGCCAGGCUUAAGCAGCUUUACUGAACCUGCGUCAGCUUAAGCUAAAAGGAAUUCCAGCAAAGCCCUCCCCGGGUAGGCGUGGGCCUAAUCGAGGCUGGCCUAGUUAAGCCUGAUUCUUUUUCUUACGUCUGUGUGCUUGAGAGCCAGUUUGUGCAUGUGUGUGUUGUUUAACUGAGGUAAGCAGUACAGCAGCUUGCUCACACAAGUGAGUGUCUUCCAGAGAAAGACAGACACACAGCACAGGGGAAAGGAGGAGAGAAGAAGAGAGGGUCUAGAGAGCAUUGAGACCAGCUUAAAACCAAGAUGUCUUCCUUAUUCAUGACAAACAGCAUGGUUGGCAAGGCCCGCUCCUCAAACUUCACCCUGUCCGAGAAACUGGAUCUUUUGCGGCUUGUGCAGCCCCACAUACGAAUUUUGGAGGAGCACACCAACAAGCAUGCAGUGAUUGUGGAUAAGAACCGGUGCUGGGACAGCAUAGCCGAGCGCUAUAAUAGUUUAGGAGGUGAGAGGCCCCCCAGAACGGCUCAGGGCCUUCGGACCCUCUAUAAACGACUUAAAGAAAGUGCCAAACAGGAAGUUCUUCAGCGAAGCCACGCCCAGCCAGAGUACAGGGGCAGCAUAUCAGAGCCAACCAAACGCAUCAUGGAAAUGAUUCCACAACUGUUUCAUGUGGGAGACAAAGAGCAGAGUGCACUCCACAGGCUUCAGUUCAAGAGGAACUCUCCAGUAGAGCAGCCUGGCAGCAGUCUGUCACUUCCUAUGAUGUCGGACUAUCCACCUGUCACGGCUGUGAGGGUGGAAUCAGAGGAUGUGAAACCACCACCUGAUAUUCACCUGAUUACAUCACAUGGUUCACCUGUUACUAUCACCACCCCAAGCAGUCAAGCCCACCACGGACAGAAUGACAGGGACAAUGAGGUAGUGGAAGAGGAGGAAGACGAUGAGGAAGAGGAAUUAGUCUCCCACGUGUACGCGGCCUCCCUCUCUCCAUGUCCCUCCUCCAUACACCUCCCACCCUCGCCAUCAGCACCAGCCCCAAGGAGGAGUCUGUAUCAGAGGGGCAACGCCGCUUUUAAAAAUCCAAUUUUUGAGGCAGAAACAUUGCAGAUGAUGCGUGAGGAACAUGAGCUGCUUUUGGCCAAUCACAGAAAACUUGGGUUGUAUCUGGAGGAGAAGAGGGAGGGGCUUAAAAGAAAGCAACAGUUGGAGGAGGAGCUACUCAGGUCAAAGGUCAAAGUGGAGAAACUAAGGGCGGCCAGACUCCGCCACGGGUUGCCAUUGAUGUGACACAUACAAUGUGUGUAAAAUGUAGCAUAAAGGGAACUUCGGCACAGUUUUGUGACUGGCAAUAUCCAACUGCAAUGAAAUUGUUUGUUUGUACAGUUUGAAGUUGUUGAAAUGUUUGUACGGUUCUUUUUUGUUUGUACAGCUUUUAUUCAGUUGAUAUUUGUUCAAGGACUGUUGAUUACACUUUACAGUAAGGUUGUAUUUGUUAACAUUAGUUAACUACAUUAGUAAACAUGAACUAAAUACUUUUUAGCACUUAUAAAUCUUUGUUAGUGUUGGGUGUAUCCAUUUACAAAGUAAUUAGUUACUGUAAUCUAUUGACUUUUUAGUUAGAUAAAAGUAGUGUAAUGCAUUACAUUUUAAAUUCUUGUAAUCCGAUUACAGUUACUGACUAUCAAUUAAAUUACUUUAUGUACAUUACUUGUGUAAAAGUAAUAUGUACUGUAUAAUACAUUUAAAAUAUGAAUUAAUAUGUACUUCUAUUAGCUUUUCUGUAACAGCUGAAGGGUGCGCGACAAUGAAUGAGGAAAUAUAGACAUUUUUGAACUUGGAAAAACCCCAAACUUCUCGGAGAGGUGAUUUAGAAAGUAACUUAAAAGUAAAACAAUUAGUAAUGUGAUUACUUUUUAGAUGAAGUAAUCAGUAAAGUAAUUUAUUAUAUUUUUAGAGAAGUAAUUUUUAGUGGAUUACUUAUUUUGAGUUACCCUACACUGAUCUUGGUUAAUGUAAAAUUCAACAUAUACAUUUUUAACAUUAAAAGUUGUAUAUGUUUGCAUUAGUUAAUGCAAUAUGAACUAACAUGAACAAUGAACAAUUGUAAAUGUAUUAAUUAUCAUCAACCAAGAUAAAUGCUUUGAAAAAAUAUUGUUCAUUAUCAGUUUAUUACACUUAAUGCAUUUACGGAUGUUAACAAAUACAACCUAAAAGUAUUACUAGAUAGUUUUUCAUAUCUGUAUCAGGAAUGAAAGUUUUUAUGUGUGAAUGCCUGAUUGGACAAGAAAGAUAUUAUUAUUAUUAUUAAUUUAUUUUUUUUUUUUUUUUUUUUUUUUGGUAAGUAGUCACUAAUAAAAUUGUAGUUGCUUUAACAUCAGUGUCUUAAGCAUAUCUUUGUAUUAUUUCUUGUCAGGAGCAUAAAAUGAGAAUCUUCUCACUCUAGCUGUGUUUGAAGAGACUUCAUUUAUGUGUUUGUAAGGUGUAAUGUGUUUACUUAAGCUAAUGUGAAAUUCUUGCAAAUGAAUGAGGAUUUUCAUGCCACGGUUUGACACCUGGCCAGUAAUUGUGUAGUUCAUCUUACACCGUAAAUGUUUUUGGUGCUAGACAUUUGAAAUACAAAGACAUUUAUAUACAUAUGUAUUUUUAAACUAAAUGAUUUCAUUUGUACAGCCAUCUUUAUUAUUCAGUAUGGGCUAUUGUUAUGUUGUGCUAUCUCUGUUCAUUCAUAUAUUUAUUUACUUUCAAGCAUGCUACUAUAGUGUAAUAUGGUGCAAGGCAUCAUCAAGGAAGCAUAAGCGCUGGGAAGGCGACGCUGUGCUGGUGGCCA